CCCCCGGCGGAGCGGGGAGAGGAACGGAGCCGCCGAGCGCUGCCGGCCGCUGCCCAGCGCAGCCCCCCCGGAGCAUGCGAAGGCAGCGGCGGGGGGGACCCAGCUCGCUGCCCGCCCGGGCGGGCCGGCGGCGGGGCUGAGGCGGUGGCGGGGAAGAGAGCAGCGGGGCUGGAGGGGUGAGCAGCUUGCCUGUCCUCCAUCCCAGCUUGUGCGAGCACCCUUUCUGCUUUCCAUCCCGGCUGGGGUGAGGAAUCUUCCUGCUCUCCAUCCCAGCCGGGGGAACUCAGAGUUGCCCCGCAAGGUGCUGAACGAGACUUGGAGGGGACUGCAGGGAUCAUGCCGGGGGAACUGCCCCUCGGCAUCACUUUCUCCUCGCCCUCCAUGGAGCCCGGACUUUUUCUACAAUGACUUUCCCUGAGCUGAGCAAUGGCAGCUUGAGUGGGAACCGGACAGGACAAGGCAGCCAGAGUGGUGCCAACCGGUCCUGGGGGCUGCAAGGUGAGGAGAUCCCUGAGGGCAACAGCACCACGUUGACUUUCGCCUUGGACGUGCAGGCGGUGGGCGUUGGAGUCUUCCUGGCUGUCUUCAUCCUCUCAGCCAUCGUGGGGAACAUCCUCGUCAUUCUCUCGGUAGCUUGCAACCGGCACCUGCAGACAGUCACCAACUACUUCAUCGUCAACCUGGCCAUUGCCGACCUGCUGCUCAGCACCACCGUGCUGCCCUUCUCGGCCACCCUGGAGGUGCUGGGCUUCUGGGUGUUUGGGCGCAUCUUCUGCAACAUCUGGGCAGCGGUGGAUGUGCUGUGCUGCUCCGCCUCCAUCAUGAGCCUCUGCAUCAUCUCCGUGGACCGGUACAUCGGUGUCAAGUACUCCCUCAAGUACCCCACAAUCAUGACCGAGAGGAAGGCGGGGGUCAUCCUCGUGGUGGUCUGGCUGUCCUCCAUGGUCAUCUCCAUUGGGCCACUGCUGGGAUGGAAGGAGCCACCGCCACCGGAUGAGAGCAUCUGUAGCAUCACAGAGGAGCCAGGCUAUGCCCUAUUCUCUUCCCUCUUCUCCUUCUACCUGCCCCUCAUGGUCAUCCUGGUGAUGUACUUCAGGAUCUACGUGGUGGCCAGACGGACCACCCGGAGCUUGGAGGCAGGGGUCAAGAAGGAGAGGAACAAAUCCAUGGAGGUGGUGCUGCGCAUCCACUGCCGCAGCGUGCUGGAGGACCCUCUCUCCAGCAGCCGGAGCAAGGGCAACAACUUCAGGAGCUCCCUCUCCGUGCGGCUCCUCAAGUUCUCCCGUGAGAAGAAAGCAGCCAAGACUCUUGCCAUCGUCGUUGGUGUUUUCAUCCUCUGCUGGUUCCCCUUCUUCUUUGUCCUGCCUUUUGGUUCUUUCUUCCCAUCCCUGAAGCCCUCCGAAAUGGUCUUCAAGGUGAUCUUCUGGCUGGGCUACUUCAACAGCUGCGUGAACCCCAUCAUCUACCCCUGCUCCAGCAAGGAGUUCAAGCGAGCGUUCAUCAGGCUGCUCAAGUGCCAGUGCCAGCGCCGCAGGCGCCCCAUCUGGCGCGUCUAUGACCACCACUGGCGAGCUGCCUCCAUGAGCAGCUCCAUGCAGGACUCUGAGGCGGACCUGAGGCCCAGGAUUAGCACCCUGAACAGCUCCUUCAUCUUCAGCUCCUCCUUCCAGGAGAGAGCCGGCAAGAGGAGAGCUCUCAGCUUCAAGGGCUGGAAAAUGCUGACUCCUUUCCAGAGGCCGGCGUCCGCCCAGCUGAAGGAGAAGAUGAACAGCCUGUCCAACAAAAUCCGGGGGGGCUCCAGCAAAGGGGGGGUGACAGCCACCUACAAAACAGAGGUGGAGUCUGUCUCCAUUGGCAUCCCUCAAGACUUCACGGACGCCGUUGACUAUCAAACCUAUGACUUAACAGACUGCUGCAGGCUGCGAGAGACGGAUAUCUGAAGCCCCUGGGACAGCUCUCCAUGGGUUCUUCAGAGGUGCCUGGCAGAAACAGGGAGAGAUAUCAUCCCUGGGGCUGUCAGGCAGGCUGGGAGCAGCAAUUGGGUAGAAAAUGCAGUUGCCCAAAGGUUAGCCGAGCCUCCCCUCUGCGGAGGUCAGCCCCUUCGAUGGGAUGGUGAGAUCCUCAAGUAAGAGCCAGUGGCACAUCCCAUUUCAGGGAGCUGCAGCAGCAGGGCGAGGUCUGAGGUGGGUAUGGCCCUAGGACAAGAGCUGCUUCCUGCAGGGGCUGGUUCUCUUUGUCUUGGGAAGAAGCUGUGCAAUCAAGGGAAACCAGGAUGUCUCCUUUGCCUUAAAAACACCACCAUAGGAUCUAAGGGAAGGAUCAAACCUAAAGGAUGCCAACCCUGCCUUAGUACAUGUGAUCACGUUCCCAUCCAGGGGCAGCAGCCAGGAAGGAGCAGCAGCAGCUGGCACCUGAUCCUUCACAUAAUGAGUUGGGAGCUCGUAGGUCUGGAGGGCUGGGCAGGACCUCCAGCUGAGGGCUUUGCUUUGGAGAGCAAGCAGACAAGCAAGGCAGGGGGGGUCUGCUUCUCAGCCAUCGUGUCUGCAUGACCACUGCUUUGUCCCUUCCACAUAACCCGGUUUUAGGCUGCAGGAGCAGUCCAGAUGUGUCCACUGGUGUCUCUCUUCUCUAUUUCCAGCCUGUGGUGGGUUUGUUUCUCAAUUCACUUCCAGAGAAGCACUUGCAGCCCAGUGGACAUCUGCCUGUGAUGCAGAGAGGAAGCAGCUCCUUUUGGUGUCAGUCACCACUGACUUUUUGUGUCCCCUUCUUUCUCUUGCUGUUCUCUCCCUCAGACAACACAGGAUAAAGAUGCAUCCCAGAAGCUUCACUCAGGUCCACAGGCAACCUGUGCUGUGGCUCAGGAAAGCUGAGAUAGAUCUUGGGGCACAUUUCUACUACCCAUAGAGCCAAAACUGAGGCAGAGCUGAGAUGCAGUUGGAGCUCUCUCAUGUAGAUGGAUCUCCUCCCCAGUCAGGGUCACACCUAUGAGUGCUCUCCCAAGUGGCUUUCCCCAUACCUGCUACACCAAAGCCUUUGGUGGCUGCCAGCAAUGUUCCUUGGCUGUGUCAGCUAGCAUGGCCAAAAGCCAUGUCAGUGCCCCAGAGUGGCACCAUGGCCUCACCUAGGGACCUCAGGGAGGUGGGGGCCACGACACAGCCUCCUCAGCUAGACUCACCCAGAUCGCGCUUUGCAGUUCAGACCGUGGUGACCCAAAUCUACUUGGCCACCUGUUGCAGGUUUUGCCAGGUUUCAGGUGGGCACUGACCAUCAGAGAAAGCUGUGAGCAGAGGCAGGAGACUCGUAGGUGUUGGAGGCAAAGUCUAGGUGUGAGGUGGAGUGUCUCAAGCCAGGUGCCUGAGAACAGGCAGGUGAAGUGGAGUGGUGGAAAGGUGACACUCCACGUGUCCUGGAUGGAGACUCAUCCACACCAGCACUGUCCCCAGGCCCACUAGGAGACUUUCAUCAAUGUACCUACAGCACAUCCAGCUAAUCCUCUCAAAGGAAGCUGAAAGGCUCUCGGGCAUGGAAUCAUUGAAUCUUUUAGGUGGAAGAGACCCUUAAGGUCAUCGAGCCCAGCUGUUAGCCCAGCACUGCCAGGCCCCCUCAGCACCACAGCUUUUGUAUCUAGGGGUGGUGACUCCAGCACUGCCCUGGGCAGCCUGUUCAGCAGCAUAGGAAGGACCUGUUUGAAGCACAGCAAAGAGCUGUCACCUUCCUUUCUGCUCUUCACUGGCUGUAAUCGAGCCGGAGGGAAAGCUGGGCUUGUCUGUGCAGUGCAUGCUGAGAUGUGGUACCUGGAGCUGGCCCUGUCUCAACACCCUUCUGCCUCUUACUCAAUGCAAGACUCCAGGCUGGGUUAAUUGCUGCACAGAAACCUGCAGCUGUGGUCCAAAUACUUCUGCCCAGCAGAGACUCCCUCCAAGGCACGCAGGCAGCACUGCACUUCCACCAAACCCAGGCUCAUCUCUGGCUGCAUGUUCUCCAGCACCUGCAAAACCAGACAGAGACUGAGAGGUUCAGCUCUACCAAAGGGACCAGCAGCCCAGGGGAACCUCUGUGGGGAAAUGUUACCUCUUUUUCCCUCUUUCUCUGGCCUUCAAGAGAAGUGAGAGCCUACAGCGAUGAUAGGGUGGCACAGAAAGUCAUUUUGAAGUGUAAGGACUGCAGCUGCCACUGGUUUCCUGAGGGCUGGGAGGGCUUCUGGUGGCACUGGGGGUGUGGCAGGGAAGGUAUCAGGAAGAGCACAGAAAAGCAGAGGUGCUUGGAAGGUCCAAGUGAAGGCAUUACCCCACCCACUUCUCAGGAUGCCACUGAUGCAGCCAGGUCUGCAUUUUUGGGCCCUGUUCUGGUGCCACUGCUUUGCCUGUGUAACACCUGAGGUCUGAGGGCACACUUUAGGACAAGCUGAUAGAGCUAGCAUCAGUGACAGCCUAGCCAAGGGGGCAGAUGGACAUUUGUCAUCAGAGGUUCUCUGAUGCUCAGGAGCAGAUUCAUCUGCUGAGGAGGCUGGAAGGAAAGUCUGAUGAGGAGAGGCUGAGGGAGCUGGAGGUGUUCAGCCUGGAGAAGAGGAGACUUAGAGGGGGCCUCAGCACCCUCUACAACUACCUGGAGGGAAGUUGUAGUCAGGUGGGGGUCAGGCUCUUCUCCCAGGCAACUUGUGACAGGAUAAGAGGGCAUGGUCUGAAGGUUUAAGUUGGAUAUUAGGAAGCACUUCCUGACAGAAAGGUGAUUAGGCACUGGAAUGGGCUGCCCAGGGAGGUGGUGGAGUCACCAUCCCUGGAGGGCUUUAAGGAAAGAUUGGCUGUGGCACUUGGUGACUUGCUUUAGCUGAUGUGGUGCUGCUAGGUCAUAGGCUGCACUGGAUGAUCUCAGAGGUCUGUUCCAGCCUCAGUGGUUCUGUGACUCUGUCUCUCCACAGCCAGCCACCCUAGCACGUGGUAAGCCAGGCAAGCAUCACCCCCAUGCAGGCUGCACUCCAUGUACAGUGCCUGUCACCUCCAGCAGAGCAGAGGUUCUCCUGUAGAUGGGCAGGUAUGCUCCUAACAAUGGAGACUUGGCAGGGGCUGUCAGCAGCUGCUGGUGAGUUGGUUCCCACGAAUCAGCUGACAUUAGUGCUUACAUUCUGAAUCACAGAAUGGAAGGGGCCAUGAAGAUCAUCUGCUUCUAAGCCCCCUGCCAUGGGCAGAGACAUCUCCCUUGCCCGAGGUGGUGGUGGAAGUCCUGUCCCUGAAGGUGUUUAAGGCCAGGCUAGAUGAGGCUCUAGACAGCCUGAUCUAGUGUGAGGUGUCCCUGCCCAUGGCAGGGGGGUUGGAACUACAUGAUCCUUGUGGUCCCUUCCAACCCUGACUGAUUCUAUGACUCUAUGAUCUUCCACUAGAGAAGGUUGCUCAAAGCUCCAUCCAUCCUGGCUUGGAAUGCUUCCAGGGAUGAGGCACCCACAACUCCUCCCUGAUCUUUUAAAUAUACCUUUUUUUUUUCUUCCCCUGAUUUUGAUUUUUUUCCAUUUAGUUCCUCCAGGUGCCACAUCCCUGGAACCAUUCCAGUUCAGGUUGUUUGGAGCCCUGUGCAUCCUGUUCUAGUUGAACAACGGAUGUAAGCUGCAGCACAGAGGGUUCCACCUCAACCCAAGGGGGAACUUCUUUACUGUAAGGGCCCCAGAGCACUGGAACAAGCUGCCCAGAGAGGUUGUAGAGUUUCUUUCUCUGGAACCUUUUAAGACCUGUCUGGAUGUGUUGCUGUGUGACCUGGGCUAGAUAGUGUGGUCCUGCUCUGGCAGGGGUGUUGGAAUCAGUGAUCUCUUUGGGUCCCUUCCAAUCCCUGGCAUCCUAUGAUCCUGUGUGUGAUCCUGGGAAGGUGUCCAUGCUGAUAACAGGGGAUUUGUACUAAAUGACUUUUGAAGGUCCUUUCCACCCCAAACCAUUCUAUGAUUGCAUGAUUCUAUGCAUACAGACACCUAAACACCCAAAUUCUGUCUCAUUUACUUGCUGCAGUUGACUUGGCCCCAACAGAUACCAUAGAAUCAUAGAAUCAAGCAGGUUGGAAGAGACCUCCAAGAUCAUCCAGUCCAACCUAGCACCCAGCCCUAGACAGUCAACCAGACCAUGGCACUAAGUGUCCCAGCCAGUCCUUUCUUGAACACCUCCAGGGACGGUGACUCCACCACCUCCCUGGGCAGCCCAUUCCAAUGCCAAUCAC